UGUGCUUAGGCUCAUUGCUGAGGCGUCUCAUUAGCACAGUCACUACACCUCCCUGGUGUGCUCCACUUCACCCACCUUUCCUGCCUCAAAUCAGAUCCCAGAAACUACCUCCACCCUCCCGCCUACGAAGUUUUUUAGUGCCCAGCUGACACACAUACCAGUCCCCUGUGCCGAGGCUGAAGGCAGCUCUUCAGAGAUGUGCUGCCUUGUGCCAGAGGGUCAACACCCACUUACCCAGCUUUCUACUCUAUGGCACCCUAGGGAACGUGUUAGCAGGGCAGGCUGCUCGAGGAAGAGACCAGAAAUGAGAAUGUAAGGAAUGUUAGCUAAACACAAAUGGUGGGCCACCCUGCAGAUCGAGGAGGGAGUAAAAAAGCAGAAGGCGAUGGCACUUGAAAAUUUAAUCUCCACUGGGAUCAUCCAGAGAGAGAAAACCUCCAUGGAAGAGGAGCUUGCUGGCCAGCGUGGAGGGUGCUUCAACCUUGCUGAUGUUAUAUACUUCUUCAAGAAGGGGUGUGAGGCAAUUGCAGAAGAUGAAGUCACCCAGCGGUUCUCCUCUGAGGAACUGGUGUCCUGGAAUCUCCUCAGCAGAACCAAUGCUAACUUGCACCAUGUCAGCUGGCAGCUGACUGUUGUGUGGGUCAUUGGGAUCUUAAUUCGGUAUUGCCUCCUGAUGCCCUUUCGCAUCUGCUUGGCUGUUUUCACCAUCCUCUUGCUAAUAUCAGCCACUACAGUAGUAGGACAGUUUCCUAAUGGGAGAGUUAAACACUGGCUGGCCAACCAGGUUCAGAUGAUAUGUGCCACAUUAGGUAUCCGAUGCCUGAGUGGACUUGUUCAUUUCCACAACAGAGAAAACCGACCACAGGAAGGUGGCAUCUGUGUAGCCAACCACACAUCUCCAUUAGAUGUUCUAAUCCUGGCCAGUGAUGGAUGCUAUUCCCUGGUUGGCCAGACACAUGGAGGGUUUUUGGGACUUAUUCAAAAAUCUUGCAUGCAAGCCACUCAGCAUGUUUUGUUUGAACGCUCAGAAAUGAAAGACCGUCAUCUGGUGAGGAAAAAAAUUAGAGAACACAUUGCAGAUAAGGCCAAAUUACCCAUUUUAAUUUUCCCAGAAGGUACCUGCAUAAACAACACAUCAGUAAUGAUGUUUAAGAAGGGAAGCUUUGAGGUAGGAGGAACCAUCCAUCCGGUAGCAAUCAAGUAUGACCCCCGCUUUGGAGAUGCAUUCUGGAACAGCACAAAGCAUUCCAUGAUGACCUAUAUUUUUAAUAUGCUUACCAGCUGGGCUAUUGUCUGUAAUGUGUGGUACCUGCCACCAAUGGUCAAAGAGGAAGAAGAAGAUGCUGUUCGCUUUGCCAACAGAGUCAAGGCUGUCAUUGCUGCUCGAGCAGGAAUGUCUGUUCUUCCUUGGGAUGGGGGACUGAAAAGGAAAAAGGUCAAAGAGUCUUUCAAGGAAGAGCAACAGAAAAAAUACUGCCAGUUGGUAAUAGAAAAUGGAUCUGUGGGAAAUGGAAAUGUUUGUUAAAUGCUGUGCAAGCUACACAGACAAGUUGCAUCACCAUCUUAGAGAAGCCUGUGGCUCUGUCUUCUUCAAGAUGACAAACUACUGUUUACCACUUAACGUGUCUUCCUUUCAGAUCCUUACCCAAUGGGCCUUGCACUUUUAAUUGACUGGGUGGCCUCUUCUCCAAAAGAAAUAUGAGGGCCUUCAGAUAUGGCUAAUCAGUGUAGGGGAGACCUACACUGUAAAGCACAGCCUUGCUUUGUAACUUGGUGCUGCUUUCUGAUACCUACAUAUGAAUCAUCUAAGUGAUGUUAACUGUUGCUGGAUUCCCUAAUUCUCUUGACUCCAAAUGUUUUUUUCUACAGCUAUGUCUUAUCUUUGGGAAUGUCUGAAAUGCUCUUCUCUCUCCAACUUCUGCUGACCUGCUUUACGUUAUUGGCAGACCCAUCUUUUUCUUGACUCGCUGUUUUUUAAGAUGCGUUUCAGUAAUUCUACAUCCAUGCAGGACGAGAAAUGUGAGCAGCAUGCCAUCUAGUGGCACCUAGUUAGCGGUAGCGAUCUCUCCCUUGCAGGGUUGCCUAAUUCCGAGGAAUUAAUCUUUCAUUUCUCCUACAUUUCCAGGAAAACAUGAAAACGUAGAAAUAACUCCGUAUAUCCCAAACACAGGAUCUUUGAUUAUCAGUCAUGGUGUACCACCAGCAAAGCAUGUGCUUGUUCUAAGUUUCAGCAGCCUGUGUUCUGUGCAGUUUCCCCAGGCUGCCUCUU